AUGAAUGGCCUUAUAAAACUUAUCAUUUUCCCUGGAACUAUGAAAGAAAUUAUCGAUCUUAGUUCGAUUAUCUUGUCAGCCAUUGGUGUAUCUGAGAAAGUAUAUAAUCUUGUUAAAAAUCAUAAUGAAAUUGAAAACGUCAUCAAAACAUUAACAACUGGGUAUUGUCAACCUAGAGAUAAUGAAGAAGAAUUGAUCCAAAGAAAAAUAAACAAAGCUGUUCGCUCUUAUACUCUCUUUUAUUUGAUAUUGAAUGCAUUGACAGUACUAGCAGUAUCUAUAGGAGAUCAAUUAAUGGAUCAAUCAAUUGGAACUACUUUACCUUAUGGUAUUUACAUCCCUUGGGAUUAUUCCAAUAAUCGAUUUUUAUUUUGGACUGCUUAUAUAUACGAAGUGACCAGUGUAGCUGUAUCAGCAAAUGCAUCAGUAGGUUUUGAUAGUCUGUCUAUAGGAUUGAUCAUUCAAAUCAAUGCCAAAAUAGAAAUAUUGAAAUAUCGCAUCAAUGCGCUGGUCAGGGAACUUGAAUCCAUUGAUUGGACAGAAAAUGGGUCUGAAAAUAUCAAAAAUAUGAAAAUUCAACAACAAGCUAUCGCAGAUUUUGUGAAAUAUCAUCUUACAAUAAUUGAAUUAGCUAAAACUAUAAACUUAUUAUUUAAUUGGGUAAUAUUACUCCAGUAUUUCAUAAGUACUACUGUUCUAUGCGCCAGUAUAUAUGCGUUAACAUCGUCUUCACAAUUUAUGGGAUUCUUAUUUUACUUAGCCAAUAUGUUAAUGGAAAUUUUUAUCUUUUGUUUUGCUGGAAAUGAAAUCACACUUACAAGUAAAACUAUCAGUGAUGCCAUUUAUAAUUCUGAUUGGACAAAAUUGAAUAAAAGUUCUCGAAGAAGUUUGCUAAUAAUAAUGAACCGAGCUAAUCGACCGAUUAUCUUUGUUAUUGGGAAUAUCAUCGAGCUAUCAUAUGAGUCAUUCAAAGGGGUAAUUUACCAUACUGAUCUUUAA